CCCUCCUCGGUGCUGCUGGGCUGCAGAGUCCCUGGGCCUCGUCUCCCCGCCCUGGAGGAGCAGUCCCUGGCCCUCAGCCCCCAGGGUUGCCCACUUGCCUUCUCGCCACAGCCCCUAGCCAAGCGGUGCCGCCUGCAGCCUCGAGAUGCCGCCAAGAUGCCCGAGAGCGCCUGGAAGUUUCUCUUCUACCUGGGCUCCUGGAGUUACAGUGUGUACCUGCUGUUCGGCACGGACUAUCCCUUCUUCCACGACCCGCCCUCUGUCUUCUACGACUGGACACCAGGCACGGCGGUGCCACGGGACAUCGCUGCCGCCUACCUGCUCCAGGGAAGCUUCUAUGGCCACUCCAUCUACGCCACGCUGUACAUGGACACCUGGCGCAAGGACUCAGUGGUCAUGCUCGUCCACCAUGUGGUCACCCUGGUCCUCAUCGUCGCCUCCUAUGCCUUCCGGUACCACAACGUGGGCAUCCUCGUGCUCUUCCUGCACGAUAUCAGCGACGUGCAGCUCGAGUUCACCAAGCUCAACAUCUACUUCCAGUCCCGCGGCGGCUCCUACCACCGGCUGCACGCCCUGGUGGCCGACCUGGGCUGCCUCAGCUUCGGCUUCUGCUGGUUCUGGUUCCGCCUCUACUGGUUCCCGCUCAAGGUCCUGUAUGCCACAAGCCACUGCAGCCUGCGCGCAGUGCCUGACAUCCCCUUCUACUUCUUCUUCAAUGCACUCCUGCUGCUGCUCACCCUCAUGAACCUCUACUGGUUCCUGUACAUCGUGGCGUUCGCCGCCAAGGUGCUGACAGGCCAGAUGCGCGAGCUGAAGGACCUGCGGGAGUACGACGCGCCAGAGAUCCAGAGCCCCGAGCCCAGCAAAGCUGAGUGAGUGUGGAGGGGCUGCCGCCCCGUGUUCGUUCCUUUUGCCAUGUCGCCCGAGCACACUGGGCAGGCCCCGGAGACCCAGCAGCGGACGAGGCCGAUGCGGACGCCGCUCCCUGGAGCCUCCAAAACAGAGACUGUGAUAGAAGCAGAGUUGCCUGCUCCGAAGGACAGAGAGCGAGGAGGGGAGGGCAAGGUGCAGGAGGGCAGAGUGGUGGCAGGGACAGGGAGGGCCAGGCCCAGCAGCGAGCCAGGCCCCUGUGGGUCCCGAGACGUAGCCGCUGGCCAGGCCGGGUGACGACCUCCGACCCACGUCCCCCCAGAGCAGGUUGCAGCAGAGGUGCAGAGUGACGAGGGAUGUCCUGGCCUCAGAGUCUGGCCGGGCAGCCUGCCUGUCAGCCAGGCAGGUGAUGUGGCUGGAAGCUUGGACCCAGUCUGACCCAGAGCAAGUCCUGGGGAAGGAGAGGUGCAGUAGAGGCCAUGAGCUCACCAGCCCUGGGUGAGAGCCAACGGUGUCCGGAGCCCCGGGCCUGGGAGUGAUUGGAGGCAGCUUUGGAAAACAAGCAGGGUCCGGGGUGUGCGGCGCCCCAGAGGCAGCGUGAGGAGUGUUUGAACAGGAGCCAAGGCAGGAGGCUGCGGAAGGUGCUGACCCGCCGGGUCUUUUGACUUGGCUGUGGGGGCGGUGGGCAUCAGUGACCUGUGUGUGAUGGUUCAGAGAAGCUGUGGGCUCAGAGCCUGACAAGGUGGGUCAGAAUGGCAGGUGGGAAGAUGCCGAGAUUUAACAAGUCUGGGGCUGUGGCCAGGCUGAGCUGUGUGCCCAGAUCCCACCUCUGUGUGGAAGGGAGAACCGUGCCAGACUUGCUUUGGGUGAAGGUGGAACAGAAAUAAAAGAAUCAAAGACAACUCAA